AGUUUUGAGAGUGAACUAUUCACAGCCAUUAAGAGAUCUCCAAUUUAAUUUGUCAUCAUGCUUAUUCUGUAGUUCACAUUAAGUCCAGAGUACUGAAAGAACUGAACAAGUGGACUUGUAGACAUCAGAUAGCUGGCCAUGGUGUUGGCCAUGGCGUCCCAGGAUGGUCAGAACUUCUUCCAGCCUCUCUCUUCCUGGAUAUCUCGGGUUUAUGGAGCUCUCCAGCAAGCAGGAGAUAUGUUAUCUGCUUUGCUGGUUAACUUAAAUAAGCAAGACUCUAAAUUAAGUGAAAAGCUAGACCAGGACUUAGAUGAUAUUCAGAUUCAGGAAGCUUACUUUGAAGACGAAGAACAAGGCGAUGAUUGGCGUCAAGAGGAUGAAAAUCCCUUGUUUCUUGAAGUGGAUCAUUUCUCCUGUUGUAAUAGUGAUUUGCAGGACUCUGCUCAAAGUUCAAGCCCCAGAAUUAGCCAACCUGAAAAGGACUCCUGUUCCAUAAUGUCCCAGUGGCCCAGUCAGACCCUUGAUGACCAAAAGCCACCACAUAUGCUCUCUUCUAUUGCUGAGGAACAACGUCACCUUGAAAAGCAAAGAAGUGGUCUUCAGCACAGCUUUGACAGCCAGCUCUCUGGUAUUUUAGAAAAUGUUAAUGGAAAAAUGCAAGUUAACAGCUUUGGAGAUGAUGAAGAGCCAUGCACAUCUUCUGACAGUGAUGAGGAGGUGAUCAAACAAUUUGAGAUUUCUGUGUCCCGGUCCCAGAGUUUUCGUUCAGAAGCAUCUAAGAAAGGCACACAGGUGGGAUUGGAGCAGAAAUCAAAAUUCAGCCACCUGCUCUCUACCCAUGAAGAGGAUAACACAGAAGUGUCUGCCUGUGAAGGUUUGGAUGGAGCCAGCCAACCAAACUAUUCUGAGACUCUGUCUUAUGGUGAAGAUGAUCCCAUCUCUGCCCAUUCACAGUCCCCAUGUGAGGUGGGAAACACCAGGCACCAGGGUGCAUCUCCCCAAGAGACCAGUGUGCCUCGCAGCCUUAGUCGCCAGUCCACAGAAGGCAGCUUGGAAUUGGAGACAGCUUUUAAUAACCGGGGAUUUGAAGACUCCUAUGCUACUGACAGCAGCUCCAUGUGGAGUCCAGAGGAACAGGAUGGGGCCAAUUUUCAGGUGCCGACUGGGGCCCUGGAGCCCAUCUCAAAAUGUGGUGACUUGGAUGUCAUCUUUGAAUAUAAAGGUUCCAGCCAGAAGCUCACAGUGACCAUUGUGAGAGCGCAGGGCCUCCCAGAUAAGGACCGAAGUGGUGUCAACUCCUGGCAAGUUCACGUAGUUCUGCUGCCCAGUAAGAAACAGAGGGGAAGGACAAGCAUACAGAGAGGCCCCAACCCUGUUUUUAAGGAGAAGGUCACCUUCACCAAGCUGGAGCCCAGAGAUGUGGCUGCCUGUGCUAUCCGCUUCCGCCUGUAUGCUGCCCGCAAGAUGACCCGUGAGAGAAUGAUGGGAGAGAAGCUGUUCCAUCUCAGCCACCUGAACCCAGAAGGGGAAAUGAAAGUGACUCUGGUUCUGGAGCCAAGAAGCAAUAUCAGUAGUGGAGAGUCUCCGCUCAGCCCAUCUGCAGUUUCUCACAGUGAUAGUGCUUCAUCCACGCAGUCGCUGUCUCAUGGAGGGGCGCCAGAGCUGUUGGUGGGGCUGUCCUACAAUGCCACAACGGGGCGAUUAUCUGUGCAAAUGAUCAAAGGCAGCCAUUUCCGAAACCUCGCUGUUAAUAGAGCGCCUGAUACAUACGGGAAGCUCUUUCUUCUCAAUUCUGUGGGUCAAGAGAUGUCCCGCUGUAAGACAUCCAUUCGACGUGGUCAGCCCAAUCCUGUCUAUAAGGAGACCUUUGUUUUCCAGGUGGCCCUCUUUCAGCUCUCUGAUGUCACGUUGAUGAUUUCCAUUUAUAACAGGCGCACUAUGAAGCGUAAAGAGAUGAUCGGUUGGAUUGCUCUGGGCCAAAAUAGUAGUGGAGAAGAGGAACAAGACCAUUGGGAGGAAAUGAAGGAAACAAAAGGUCAGCAGAUCUGCAGAUGGCACACCUUGCUCGAAUCCUAGUUCUGCCAACAGGGAUUUGUGUGCUACGUAUGGCCCGGUGACCCGCAUUUUAGCCACUCAUACCAACUCCGCAUAUGCUGGUGGGCUUUUUAAAGACAGGCUUACAAAUAGGGAUUAGGGUCUUCUAACCUCUGGGACAUUCUGGGCAGGGUCUUUGGGUCUCUCGAAGGUUUGAUUUGAAUUUAAAUAUUGUAAUUAAAACAAAAAACCACAUACACAUGGUCAAGUGUACUUGAUGGAAAAUUAACCAUAGUUGAGAACAGUGAUGAGUCAAUUUGUGUUCAUAGGUUAGUGUAUCUGGGUUCAGCCUAUGGAAUAAAGCUUUUCUUGCUGUCUCUGUUUGCUUGAAGAAUAACCUGAGAUUUCAGGGGAGCUGUUAAAUCUUACUAUUUGUACCCAGGUAUGUGUAUGAACCAGAAUUUUGUUAAUAUGGUGCCAAAACCCCCCAAAUACAGAAACGAAUCAGAUACUGAGGCUCAUAAAAGAAUGUAACUGUCAUCUAUCAUUCCCUAUUUCACAUUUUUGUCUUUAUGAAAACACCCCUCAUUUAUUUACCUAAUAAAUGUUAUAAACGUGUACUUAUA